AUGUCUGAAAACCAGAAACAGAACCCUGGCCUCCUCGGUGGUCUUGGAAAUACUCUAGGCAACACCGUUGGCGGCCUCACAAACACCGUCGGUAACACUGUCGGUGGCCUUGGACAAACUGUUGGUGGAGCGACCAAGGGACUCGGGGACACUGUUGGCGGAGCCACCCAAGGUCUCGGAGACACAGUGUCUGGUGCUGGGCAGGGACUGGGACAGACGACAAGCAGUGCGGGCAACAGCACGAAGGAUAACAGCACGAAGGAUACUUUGGCCAGCAUUGGAGGAGAGAGGAAGUAG